AUGGUCAACUCCUGUUGUGGCUCCAUCUGCUCUGAGCAGGGCUGUGGCCAAGGCUGCUGCCAGCCCAGCUGCUGCCAGACCUGCUGCAAGACCACCUGCUGCCGCCCCAGCUGCUGUGUGUCCAGCUGCUGCAGACCCUCCUGCCAGUCUGUGUGCUGCCAGCCCUGCUGCCGCCCCAGUUGCUGCAUCUCCAGCUGCUGCCGCCCCAGCUGCCAGUCUGUGUGCUGCCAGCCCUGCUGCCGCCCCAGCUGCUGCAUCUCCAGCUGCUGCCGCCCCAGCUGCCAGUCUGUGUGCUGCCAGCCCUGCUGCCGCCCCAGCUGCUGCAUCUCCAGCUGCUGCCGCCCCAGCUGCCAGUCUGUGUGCUGCCAGCCCUGCUGCCGCCCCAGCUGCUGCAUCUCCAGCUGCUGCCGCCCCAGCUGUGGUAGUUCCAGCUGCUGUGGCUCCAGCUGCUGCCGCCCCAGCUGCUGCCUGCGCCCAGUGUGUGGCCAAGUCUCCUGCCACACCAGUUGCUAUCGCCCAACCUGUGUCAUCUCCACCUGCCCCCGCCCCAUGUGCUGUGCCAUCCCUUGCUGCUAA